CGCAUGCCGAGCCCAUCCAGCCCAACGGCCCAGUUCCUAGCGGCAUCCUCACACCACUCAGAAGGCGCGCCGGCCCGGCCGGAGCCGGACGCGCCGCCAUGCCGUCGCCGCUGCGGGUGCCGGCGCGGCUGGUGCACGCGCGGGGCAAGACCACCGCAGCGCAGCACGUGGCGGCGCGGCACCUGGACCACGCCUUCGAGCGCCUCGCGACGGCGCACCUCCCGCUCGUCGCGGCGUCGCCGCUGGUCGACGCGCUGCGGGCCUCCCCCGAGCCGCUCGCGCUGCCGAACCUCGCGCGCCGCCUCCCGCUCCGCCUCCACCGCCGCGGCCCGCUCCACUUCCUCCGUCUCUUCCCGCGCGUGUUCCACCUCCGCGCCCCGCUCCCGCUCUCCCUAUCGCUGACCCCCGCCGCCGCGGACCUCCUCGCCGUCGCCAGCUCCCCCACCGACGCGGCGCGGACGCUCCACCGCCUGCUCGCGAUGUCGGCCUCCCGCGCGCUGCCCCUCCGCGCCGUCUUCUGUGUCUGGCGCGAGCUCGCCCUCCCCGACGACUUCGAGGACUCUGUCGUCGCGGGGCACCCGCACCUCUUUCGCCUCGCCCCCAACCCCGCCGAGCCCAACACCCACAUUCUUCACCUCAUCGCCGAUCCGGCGGCCGAGGACUUCACCCCGGCGGUGGAGAAGACACGGCCGGACAAGUAUGCGUUCAAGCUGCAGUUCCCGCCGGGGUUUAGGCUGACCAAGGAGUAUCGCAAGAAGGUGAAGGAGUGGCAGCAGCUCCCGUACGCCGGGCCGUAUGAGAUCGUCAGUCCGAAGGCUGGAGGGAGCAAGAGAGUGUCGAAGCUUGCCAGGAGGAAGAUGGAGAAGAGGGCAGUGGGGAUUGCUCACGAGUUCCUGAGCCUGACAGCGGAGAAGAUGGUGGAGGUGGAGAAAUUCAGCCAGUUCAGGAAGUGGUUUGGGACCGAGGUCAAUGUCCGGGACGUGUUCUUGGAUCACCCCGGAAUAUUCUACCUCUCAGCAAAGGGAAAGCGGCACACAGUGUUCUUGAGGGAGGCGUAUGAUCGUGGGAAGCUUGUUGAGCCUAAUGAAGUCUCUGAGGCAAGGGCCAAGCUCGUUGAGCUCAUGCUUCUGCGCCGGCGUGGACUUGGGAACGCCAAUUCAAGUGCCAACAUGGCUUCAGGUGCCACUUCUGAUGCCAAAGAGAGUGCUCAUGAUUUUGUUGAGCAUGAGGAUUGCUUGUUGGAUGUACCGGAGACAUAAGAGCAGUAAAGAUUUUCCCAACUUCAUGGUGAAUCAUGUUCAGUAGGCCAUUGUCAACUGUGCUUGAGAUAAGCAAAUGAGAAGGUAUAUGAAUUUACCGAGAAUGGGUAUGUCAUGGUUGAUAGGGUUAGUGCGAUGGCCAUAGCUGUGACUUUUGAUGCUUGGAUUCUUGGAACUCAAAAGUCAUGUUUCAACUGGACGUUGUUGUGGCUUUUGAUGCUUGGAACUCAAAAGUCAUGUUUCAACUGUCCGCGCUAUCCUGGUGGUAGGUCAAGGUUCAUGAGGCAAGGUUGAACCUUUGAAGGUUUGCUUUAGUUAUCUGGUCAGAAAAACUUUGUUAGGAUUCAUGAGUUUCCUCUAGCUCCUCACUUUGGUCUGGCAGUGAUAGUCUUUUGGUUAUGGCUAUUGGCUGAAGUGCUACUGACUAUGCCUGGUUGGUGGCAUUGCUUGAAUUGAAGAGCCAGGUUCUCUUAAGUAAUUUGUGCAACCUAGUCAUUACUGCAACAUUCUCAGCUUCAACAGGGUCAGCAAGAUGUGCAAAUAUAGCAAUGGACGGCUUCAGGCACUUACACUGUCAGUUCAGCUUUCAGUGCCUACUCUGAUGUGGGAACUUUGAAUGCCUAUGAAUUGCAAGUUUGCUGCUGGUUGGCAUCACAGAACAAGUGCCUGAUGUUCAAAUAUCAUGAAGAGAUGAUGAUCAAAUAACCCUAUACUAUACACUGUCAGUUCAGCUUUCAGUGCCUACUCUGAUGUGGGAACUUUGAAUGCCUAUGAAUUGCAAGUUUUGCUGCUGGUUGGCAUCACAGAACAAGUGCCUGAUGUUCAAAUAUCAUGAAGAGAUGAUGAUGGAAUAACCCUAUACUAUCCCUGAUGGAGAGACAGUUUUGCACCUUCUAAUAAUACAAUGCUCAUGUAAAAGGUGCUGCAGCGUUGCUAAGUGUUUCUCCAUAGUUAACAAUUUUGUGGCCGCCAAUGUACGACCCAAUCUAUGUCCUGAAGAUUGGUGGUUACAGUCUCCCUCAUGCUUGGUACAUAGCAAGCAUAUUUUCUUCAUAUACCUCGCUGUAGUUGUAUCUUUUCUUCCCUGUAAUUGGUUGAGUGUUUGGUUCGCUUAUAAAUAAUAAGCAUAUACUUUUGCCAUGUUGUCUGUUGCCACCAUUGUUGAUAGUUCAAAUUCAUAUUUUCUAUUUUUCUUCCAA